UUUUACAAAUUAUCAUUCAUAGUUAUCAUUCAUUUCCAUUUGUUUAUUAAUCGACCUUUGUUUCAAUUAAAAAUACUUCACCUAUCUUUGUGUACUUUGCAGUUGUUUGUAACGUGCUAAGCAAAUAGUGAUAAUCUGAAUUAUCCGUAAUAUCAUGUAGAUGUAGAUAAGCUCAGUUGACGAGUGAACUGAUUGAGAGAUAGCGGCCUGGGAUCAUUACGAGUGAUAAGAAUUUAUUUAAAUUAAUACAGACAUGAGCGAGCGACCGCAGCCACUGAAGGCCAUAAACAGGCUGUUUGAGGGCCGGGAGCCAUGGCAGAUCGUCACCAUGACCGCCUCCUCGGUGCUCGCUCUAGUUUGGGCACACAGUCUCUACAAUGCACAAGAAUCGGUCACAAGCAGACUUCGCAAGGAGUUCUUCAGAUGGCUGCGAUCAGUGCCGUUCGUGCGGCGCAAGAUAGACGAGAAGAUGGCAGAAAUCAACAGGGACUUCCGGGCUGAUGUUACUAAAAGGCUUGCAGGGUUGACCAUCAGAAGGCAGUUGCCAGAGAAGGGUCUGACUGCAGAGGAGGUGGCUGAAGAAGUCAGGGAUCACCUCACACUGGGUGCUUAUGACUGGAAGAGUGGUACAGUCUCUGGUGCUGUAUACCACUUAAGUCAAGAGAUAGCCAAGGUGGCAACCGACGCAUACUCCUUAACAGCAUACACCAACCCUCUCCACGCCGACGUGUUCCCUGGUAUCAACAAGAUGGAAGCGGAGGUCGUGCGCAUGGCCGCCAAUCUGUUCCACGGGGACGAUGAAUGCUGCGGUACCGUAACCACAGGCGGCACAGAAUCCAUAAUGAUGGCCUGCAAAGCGUUCCGCGACCUGGCCUAUAGCAAAGGCAUCACCAACCCUCAGAUAGUCGUCCCAUCCACGGCACACUCGGCGUUCGACAAGGCCGCUCAGUACCUCGGCCUGGGCGUGGUUACGGUUAAAGUUGACCAGAAGAGUAUGACGGUCAAUGUGGAGGAUGUGAGGAAGGUGAUUGGGCGAAGGACUUGUUUGAUAGUCGGCUCGGCGCCAAACUUCCCCUACGGCACCAUGGACGACAUCAACGCCCUCUCCAACUUGGCCCUGGAAUACGACGUCCCCCUCCACGUAGACGCGUGCCUGGGAGGCUUCGUGGCCGCCUUCAUGCCGGACGCCGGACAUCCGGUGCCCGUGUUCGACUUCCGGCUGCCGGGUGUGGCUAGCAUGUCCGCUGAUACGCAUAAAUACGGGUUCGCGCCGAAAGGAACAUCAGUGGUGUUAUACCGUAGACCAGAAUACAGGCAUUGCCAAUACACCGUCACCACGGAAUGGCCGGGAGGAGUGUAUGGCUCGCCUACUGUCAACGGCAGUAGAGCAGGAGGGCUAAUCGCAGCUUGUUGGGCUACCAUGAUGUUCGUGGGACGAGCCCGAUACGUUACAAUGACGGACGAGAUCCUGCGAGUCACUAAAUAUAUCGAGGCUGAAUUACGGUCAGUAGAAGGCAUAUUCAUCUUCGGCAAGCCAGCGACGACGGUGGUCGCGUUCGGCUCGGACAAGUUCGACAUUUUCAAAAUGGCCGAGCUGCUGCACAAGAAGGGUUGGAGUCUCAACGCUCUGCAGUUUCCUUCCGGGAUCCACAUUUGCGUGACGCACGCGCACACGCAAGCCGGGGUGGCGGAGCGUUUCGUAAGCGACGUGCGGGAGACCGCCAACACAUGUCUUCAGGCUUCCACCGGCCCCGUGGAAGGAAAGAUGGCGAUCUACGGCGUCGCACAGGAGAUCUCCGAUCGCAGCCUCGUCUCCGACAUCACCAAAUACUUCAUCGAUUCCAUGUACUAUCUACCCACGGCAGAAGACAAACUAUAACUCGUUUAAACUCCAAUUUUUACCCGUUGUCUAGUUACCAAUCUUAACUUCCAAGAUUCGAGAGUUGCGGCCGUAUGUUUUUUAGGGUUCCGUACCCAAAGGGUAAAAACAGGACCCUAUUACUAAGACUCCGCUGUCCGUCUACGUCUGUCUGUCAUUAGGCUGUAUCUCAUGAACCGUGACAGUUGAUAUUUUCACAGAUGAUGUAUUUCUAUUGCCGCUAUGUAACAAAUACUAAAAAGUACGGAACCCUCGGUAGGCGAGUCCGACUCACAGUUGUACGGUUUUUUUAUAUAUAUUUUUGCGAAAAAAUGCCUUAAGCGCAAAUAUUUUAUCAAAGUGUCGGUUGGGUUUUAAGCUGUGUUGCCAUAUAAAAAGGAAAGACUUAAUUUUUCAUAUUUUAUAGCACAAGUUGUCUAAACAUAAAUUAUAAAUUCUACUUAUAAUACGAUUUUUAUUUAUAUAAUUGUAUUGACUUUUUGUAACAUUCCUAUUUUUUGUCAAGGACUAUUGAGAUCAAUACGCAUACCUAGUUGAAUAAGGGAUGACUUUUGUUUAUAGAUAUCACUUUAAGGUGACAUUAUUCGUACCUAAAUGUAAUGUGUACUUAAUUUUCUUUUCAUUACCUGUACGGAUAUGAUGGUCGUUCUAUGUCUACGUGACAGCGUGAUAAAACGGUGUCCGUCACUUUCCAUCCCGCGCAACAGCUUUUAACAAAAAGGUGACAGUUAUUUUAUCACGUGGAUGAAACCAUCCAUAAUAGGCCGGCAGGUCAAUCGGCCCCAUUCGAACUUUAAGAUCAAAUAUUACGUCUAGAUACGAUAUGGAUUAGAUAUGUCAGUGUCAAAAGUGACGUUUUUUCAAAUAAAAGCGUAAUAUUUGACGUAUCAUAAAGUUCAAAUCGGGCCGAAUAUCGGCCUUUAAAUCAUUUAAUUUUUAACGAAGUAUAUUAACCAUUUUGAUUGUAAUUCAGGCUAUGUUGUACCUAACAUAUUAUACAUAUAAAGAUACCAUUGUCUAAUGUCUACAACAACACCAUUAAAUCUUGUAAAGGCAUGUCCAGAUAAGAGUGCAGUAGCAGUUUCGUACUUGUAGGUGUACCUUUAAGUGUGAAAAGUCAAGGAUUGUGCCAAGAAUGUCUAUGACAAUGUGACAAAUCACUUAUGUUAUUACAAAGGCAAAUCAAAUUAUAUUUUAUUUUUUACUAACCUUCGAAACUAAAGGUUUAUAUUAUUAGAUAGAUUUAGGUAUAUCACUAAAAGUCAUAAAUAAUCUCGGUGUUAGACUGCGACUACGACGUCUAAUGAUAUGAUAUGACUUUAAUAAAAAAACAUACUUAAUUAUUUUUCUGAAAUUUUGUCAAUUCGAGAAUUAUGUGUAUGAUUUGUAUCUAAUCAACAAAAUAAAGGAUACAAAUUACGAAUUAAAUCAAAAAUAAAGCUUACAAAUAAAAAUUAAAACUAAAACUUUUUAAAAACAAACCGCUACUUGCUGUAUUUGUA